AUGAUGUUGAUUGUUCUCGCGCUGACUCCAUGGUUGGCUAUUAGCAUGGCUUCCGGAAUGCCUCCAGACAAGUUUACAAAUUUGGGCCCAUACACGAAUGUUAAAAGGCUUUCGUUGAUUGAGAAAACCAAGAAAAGCUUUUACACUCUAGUCGCCAGCUCUAACUUCUUUAUGGGCAACGACUUAGACGUUUGGAUGAGAUUUUUAAAUAGACUGUUUGUGGAUUCGGAAGCGGUAAAUAAGGUAAUGUUCGAGCUAUUGGCACAUCAUUUUGUGAAAGAACAUGCUAAACUCACCAGUGCUUUAGUUUUGGGAAAGAAUCAUCCAAAGAAAGACGUCGUUAUGAAACUGCUAGAUUUGCAGGUCGAGAAGUGGGUAAAGGACGGUGAAAAUGAGGCAGCAGUAUUCGACCUUUUGAAGCUUAAACAGCAAAGUCGCAAUCCUUUCGAUAGCCCAAUUUUUUUCCAGUGGGUCAAUUUCGUAAAGGCCAAAUACCCCGCGGCUGUGGCCAAUUUACCCCAGAGUCGCUACGAAAAACAUAAGAUGAUGUUUAACGUCUUCGCAAAACAAUUUGAGGGCGAUGAGUUAACCAGAGUUCUGGUUGCGGGAGCAAAUAUGAUUGAGUGGAAAGACCUCGCGAAAAGUCUGCUCGACUUUCAGGUCGAAUUAUGGGCCCGUGAGAAAAUAUCUGACGAAAAGGUUUUUGACCUCUUGCAGCUUCACAAGGCAAAUGGCAAUCCUUUUGACAGCCCAACUUUUUCCCAGUGGGUCAACUUUGUCCAAAAAAUAUCGAAUACCCCGGAAGAGGCAUAUAAUGUGAUGCUUUACCGACUAUCAUCUUAUUUUAAGAGCAAAAAUGCUCUAGUGGGUGCGCUAGAUGGCGCAAAAAGCUUUGAUACGAAAGAAAUUGCUCAUGCACUACUUGAGAAUCAGUACAAGAAGUGGGUAGAAGAGAAGAAGAAUGCGGAUGACGUUUUCAACAUAUUGGAGCUCAGCAGGACAGAUAGAGACCUAUUCAAUAGCCCAGCCUUUUCCGCGUGGGUCGGCUUCGUCAGGUCAACAUCCUUGAAUGAUCUGAAAGCAACUGAGACGAUGCUUUCCACGUUUAAACUUGAUGUCAACAAGGGAACAAAGAAAGAGAUCAAGAAAUUGGACUUCUUCACUCAAAAGCUGCAAAAAGCCUUGAUUAAAAGAUCGCCGGAAGCUUUGAAACGGCAGAACGAUUUCGAUUCAAACAAGCCACCGGCGAAACGACAGAGAAGUUCGCCUUGA